AUGUCCGCCAUUCGUGUCUUCUUCCUUCUCGCUUGCUUUUUGGGCCUGGGAAGCUUCGUCGCCGGGUCGGAUCUUUCGUAUGAGGGCAUCCCAAGUUGCGCCAUCAAAUGCAUCUUCCAGGAGAUCGGCCAUUCGUCUUGUGCCCUGACGGACCAGCAAUGCAUGUGCAAUGACAACGUCCUGGCGGGAUACGUGCAGGUUUGCGUCGAGGCAAACUGCACAGUCAUCGAGAUGCUCGCGGCACGAAACCAGUCACUAGCUGCCUGCGGUGUGCCCGUUACCCAGGAGGACUCUUUUAUAAAAUGGUUCAGGGCACUAAUCUUCGCCUUCACAACAUUUUUCAUCAUCGUGCGGAUGGUGAACAAGUGUCUGAAGCUUUCAUCUUGGGGUUGGGACGAUGCAACCAUUGUGAUCGCUUAUGCCGUACUAGUAGCCUUCUUGCCAGCAGGAUACUUAGCUGAAGAGACUGGUGCAGGGAGGGACAUCUGGACCUUGAACGAAGACCAGAUUACUAAUUUUCUUCUGCUUUUCAACCUUCUUAUCUGGGUUGCUUUUAUCACUGGAACCUUCGGCUGUUGCCAGCCUCUGAACUUUUUCUGGCAUGGAUGGAAAGGAGACAUGAAGGGCAAGUGUUUCGAUUUGAAUGCCUUUGCCAUGUCUCAUGGCGCGUUGAACGUAGCUUUGGAUGCCUGGAUGCUUGUCCUGCCCGCAAAACAAGUCUUUUCGUUGAGGAUGCAACGCAAGAAGAAGCUGGGUGUGAUGCUCAUGUUCAGCGUUGGUAUAUUUCUCACCGCAGUGAGUGCAUACCGAAUUAAAGCACUCCUGAUAUUUGCGACAUCAUACAACAUCACAGCCGACUCGUUCCAGAGCUCCAUCUGGUCCAAUAUCGAGCUUUGUGUUGGAAUUUUCGUGGCUUGCCUACCGAGCACACGUCAAGCCUGGAGAAAGCUGUUCCCGAAGAUUCUCGAAGUCACACACUUGUCUUCGAGAUCAUCUAGAUUAUCUAGAUCAGCAAAGGGUUCUCAUUCUGCGAGUCAAGCCUCACGAUCGGCAGCGGACCCCUAUGAUCGACCACGAGUUGUAUCAUACGAGGAGUCUUCAAUAGCUCAUCUUGUCGGAGACUUCAACAACAUCGACCUCAACCAACUUAGCGACGCCAGCCCGAUGGAGACGGAUCCGUCGAAGACGCCAAAGAACCAUGUCGAAGUACAGAGCGGGCCUACUACGGGAAGUUCAAGAAGCAGUGAUGGAAGCAAGGGUCAGGAUACCUGGGAUACAUGA